CGCACUUUGUUAUCACGUACGGUUCGCAGCUCUUGGCGAGCUCCGAGGCGCGUGCACGCACAUAUACACAAGAUAAAACGACAAAAAAAUCCAGAAUAAAAGUUAAUACGAUUCUUCUACGACAAGGUAAUGGCUGCUCAGUUAGAAAGUGUCAACAGUACCAUGACGCGGGAGUCUGUGAUUGAAAAUGAAAUACCGUACUCCGAUAGUAACAUUGUCAUUACGGGGAUAUCAGGCCGUCUGCCCGAGUCAACUAAUAUCGAUGAGUUUAAAAAAAAUUUAAUGAACAACAUAGAUAUGGUGACAGACGACGAGCGGCGUUGGACAAGAGGACUUUAUGGGCUUCCAGCCAGAUCUGCCAAGAUAAAAGACCUCAGCCACUUUGAUGCCACUUUUUUUGGAAUUAAUUCCAAACAGGCACAUGCAAUGGAUCCACAGCUUCGUUUAAUGUUAGAAGCAACCUAUGAAGCCAUAAUCGACGCUGGUAUUAAUCCUACGACCGUGAGAGGAUCGCGUACCGGUGUAUUCGUCGGUAUCUCUUUCACGGGAUCAGAUGAAUUUUGGUUGAGAGAUCCAGAAUUCAUAAAUGGAUACAAUCUACUCGGCAAAUCCAAAUUUAUGUUUGCUAACAGAGUUUCCUAUGCAUUUGACUUUACUGGACCUAGUUACACAUUAGAUACAGCUUGUUCCUCCUCCUUGUAUGCCACACAUCAAGCUGUAAACGCAAUACGUGCCGGCGAGUGCGAUGCUGCAAUUGUCGGUGGACUGAAUCUCGUAUUGACACCGAAUGUCUCACUGCAGAUUAUGAAAUUAAAUACGCUGUCCCAAGAUGGCAAAUGCAAAACAUUUGACAUAUCGGCUAACGGUUACGUGAGGGCUGAAGCGGUGGUGGCAAUAUAUUUGCAGAAAGCAAAGAAUGCGCGUCGAGUGUAUGCGACAGUAGUUCGAACAAAGACAAAUUCAGACGGCUACAAAUCCAAAAGUAUUUUGUAUCCCAAUGGUGAAAAGCAAUAUGAAUUGAUGCGUGAUAUUUAUACAGAGGCAGGAAUUAAUCCCGCGGAUAUAAGUUACGUGGAAGCUCACGGAACCGGAACUAAAGUAGGAGAUAGGGUAGAAGUAACUUCGAUCGACAAAUUGUUCUGCAAAGACCGGAAGACUCCUUUACUAAUAGGCUCAGUUAAAUCCAACAUGGGUCACUCGGAACCGGCCAGUGGAUUAUGCUCGAUCGCCAAGAUAUUAAUCGCGAUGGAAGCAGGCGUGAUACCGGCCAAUUUGCACUUUAAUACACCGAAUCCAGAUAUUCCUGCCUUAAAGGAAGGACGCAUUCGGGUGGUCAACAAGGCCACACCGUGGAACGGUGGUUUUAUAGGUAUUAACUCGUUUGGCAUAGGUGGCACAAAUGCACACAUUAUCCUUAUGAACAAUACAAAAAACAAACUAAAACCGUCAUCGCCAUUGAACAUUACCAAAAUAUUACCGAAGUUGGUUGCUGUAUCAGGUCGAACGAAAGAAAGUGUGUACACUUUAUUAAAUAAUGCGCAAGAGCAUCGUAAUGACGAUGAGUUUCUCUCGUUGUUACGAAUAAUUCACAAUAAUGCUAUUUUCGGGCAUGACUUUCGUGGCUACGAAAUACUUACCAUCAAUGGUACACGUGAAGUGACUGAGAUAACGAGCUCUAAAGAGAGGCGUCCAAUUUGGUUCGUAUUUUCCGGUAUAGGCACGCAAUGGGCGGGCAUGGGACGUCAAUUGUUCGGCAUUGAAACUUUUCAACGUAGUUUGCGACAGUGCGCGGUCGCUUUGGCACCCUAUGGCAUCGAUCUCAUGACUAUUAUUAUGAACGCCACUGACAAAAUGAUCGAAGAAGUAAUAAAUUCUUUUGUGACUGUCACAGCUAUGCAGAUCGCUCUUGUAGAUGUUUUAACGUCGAUAGGUAUAUCGCCGGAUGGUAUAGUCGGACAUUCCACUGGAGAACUAGCGUGUGCAUAUGCUGACGGUGCGUUUACAUUAAAGCAAACCGUCUUAGCGGCUUACUAUAUAGGUAAGGCAAUCGUAGAGUCCAAGUUAGAAUCGGGCGCUAUGGCGGCAGUUGGUUUCAGUUGGGAGGAAGCCAGAAAGAUGUGCCCACCAAAUAUCAUUCCAGCUUGUCACAACUCUAAGGAUUUAGUCAUGAUUUCCGGUCCGACUGAGUCCCUGCAACAAUUUAUAGAAACUCUAAAGAGCAACGAUAUCUUCGUCAAGAUAUUGAAAAGUCUCGGCUUCGCAUUUCACACCAAUUAUAUCGCCUCGGCCGAGCCUAAGCUACAUGCUUUUCUCGACAAAGUAAUCCCGAAUCCGAAGCAAAGAUCAGCCAGAUGGAUUUCCAGUUCCAUCCCCGAGUCUGCAUGGGGCAGUCCACUCGCGCAAACUAGCUCGUCUGCGUAUCACGUAAAUAAUUUACUCUCUCCAGUACUCUUCCAAGAAGCGAUGGCGCAUAUUCCAGAGAACGCGAUAACAAUCGAAAUUGCGCCGGACUGUUUGCUACAAACAAUUUUGGGCAGAUCGUUACCACCAACCGUAACCUAUAUUGGUCUUCACAAACGAGAUCAUUCGGACAACUUGGCCUUUCUACUGUCUAAUGUGGGUAAAAUGUAUAAUGCUGGUGGGCAACCUGAUAUCUUAAAAUUAUAUCCGCCGAUAAGUUUUCCGGUCGGUAGAGGAACACCGAUGAUCGGGCCGUUAAUCAAGUGGGACCAUUCCACCGCAUGGGAUGUGCCUAAAUUCACUCAGACAUCAAACCACUCGGCAAAGCAUAUAAUUAACCCUUAAACACACUUAACCUGUAAAAUAUGGAAACACAUUUUCGGGUCUGGGAGACUUUUUCAACUUUGAGAAGCUAUAACUUUGAUUACAAUCAAU